GUCCGAGCCGGAUGUUAUUUGGACGCCGAUGCCGAAGCUCUUCCUGGUGGAUGUGGACGGUGCUGGGUGAGGUCUGUUGUUGUCGCUGAGUAAACAAUGAAGAAAAGGAGUAAAGUUGAGGCACAGACGGCGCAGGACUCCUGGAGUCAGUGAGUUUUUAAAGCCUCUUUUUGUUCCGGACCAACAGACAGUCAUUCCCGCCGCUCCUCGCUCGGCUCUUCCCAUUAGCUCACUAGCCGCUAACCGACGUCGCUAACGCUCCGUGCCGGCGCAGUGCACCUGUCACCGGCUUCUUUGUCUCCCUCACGCCGGUGUCUUCUUCACCUCCCCCCUUUAUUUUGUCCGCGCUAAUUAACCGAACUCGUUAACACCUACUUUUACCGCUCACUUUCCUACCUCAAAUGAGGGAGGCGUCAGUGUCCGACAACGAGCCGCACCGCCGGAGCUAAGACAAAGAAGAUGAAGUGACGACACGUCCAGAAAUGUCUCAUACGAACUCUGUCUGCGUCCCGCUGGAUAUUCCUAAACCCAAAUAGUCCGCUUUUUCCACCCCCUAAAACUAACAAUAAUGGCCUCCUCCAAAGCAAAGGUCGGAGUCAACAGUGAGAGCAACUCCCUGAAAGAAAGUAAGAGCAACGCCGGCAGCAGCUCAGCCGGGGAGGCAGCGCCGAACAGCCGGGUGUACUGCCUGGAGGACCUGGAGACCAUCGCCACGGUCGGCACAGGGACUUUUGGCCGAGUCUUCCUGGUCAAGGACAAGAAGAGCAGGGCCUUCUUCGCCCUGAAGCAGAUGAAGAUCCCCGACGUGAUCCGACUGAAGCAGGAGCAGCACGUCCACAACGAGAAGGAGGUGCUGUCAGAGGUCAACCACCCCUUCCUCAUCCGACUGUUUUGGACCCACCAUGACGAGCGCUUCCUCUACAUGCUGAUGGACUACGUGCCAGGCGGUGAGCUGUUCAGCUACCUACGCAGCCGCGGCCGCUUCAGCAACCUCACCGGCCUCUUCUAUACCUCCGAGAUCGUGUGCGCCAUCGAGUACCUGCACGCCAAAGAAAUCGUCUACCGCGACCUGAAGCCUGAGAACAUCCUGCUGGACAGUGAAGGACACAUCCGCCUGACUGACUUCGGCUUCGCUAAGAAGCUCUCUGACAGGACCUGGACUCUGUGUGGCACCCCUGAGUACUUGGCCCCUGAAGUCAUCCAAAGCAAAGGUCACGGCCGAGCAGUGGAUUGGUGGGCUCUGGGCAUCCUCAUCUUUGAAAUGCUGGCUGGGUACCCACCUUUCUUUGAUGACAAUCCAUUUGGAAUCUAUCAGAAGAUCCUGGCCGGAAAACUGGAGUUCCCACGCCAUCUGGAUUUCUAUGUCAAAGACCUCAUCAAGAAAUUUCUGGUCAUUGACCGAGCCAGGAGGCUAGGCAACAUGAAGAACGGAGCAGACGACGUGAAGAAACAUCGGUGGUUCAAGACGAUUGACUGGGAUGCCGUUCCUCUGAGGAAGCUGAAGCCUCCCAUCGUCCCCAAAGUGUCCCACGAGGGCGACACGUCUAACUUUGAUGUUUACCCCGAGGACGACUGGAAGAAAGACCCUCCUGUGCCUCAGAAGGAUUUAGAGAUCUUCAAGAACUUCUGAUCUCUCAGCCUGCUUUUAUUUAUUGACGGAAAUACCCUGAGUGACACGUUGACAUAUUGUUGAGUUACUGUUACAGGUACUGUCAUGGAGAAAAUCCUUAUUUAUCAAAGCGUGGGGGGGGAGUAGUCACAUUUUAUCUGUAAUAACCCCCCCAAAGACAAACUCCAGAUGAUUGAUGCUGUGACAUGUAUCAUACCACAGAGAUGAUUUGCUUUUUAUAUUUUUAUUUAUCUGACCUCGGUUGAACCUUUUUGCUGUUUUUAAUUGUUUUUAUCACGGUUUUACUCUGAGCCUGCUCAUAUGCAAAAAAAAAAAAACAUAAAACACAAAAAGAAUCUGGUUCCUUUGAAACCAAAAGACUGUUACUUUCUCAGUUUAAAAAAAAAGAGAACAAUCAGGUCUUUUUUUAAUGUUAUCACGUUUAAUGUUUUAUCUCUUUUUAAAAUGUUCAUGCAGUCAUAUUUAACGUGACUCCAGACUGGUGCUGUAACUGUCAGCCGGCCAGUAGUCGUUAAUGUGCGCCUUUUAGACUCCGUAUAUCGUGUAUAGUCGUGAAUGCAGCCACUUAAUUUGUGAGCAGUAGCACUUGUAAAAAGGUGCCUUACAUCACUGAUGGGCAUGAUGUCUUGCAAUUACAUAAAGUUCACUUGAAGCAGUGCUUUUUCCGCCGCCGGCGCUCCGUGCGGUACUAAUAGAAGUCGAAUCAUGGGACUCUGGGUACAUGUGAGGUGUUGUGAGUGUGCUGCCAUGUCUCCUCCUACUGUAAGAGUGUUCUUCUCCCAGCUCUGUCAUUUCCCGCCGCAGCUUUAUCCACAGCCAAAAGGACUUUGUUAUUACCGUACAGUCACAGCUGUUCCUACAAAUGUGCUGCAGACUUUCCCAUGACACUCUGCUCAUCCCGCCUCAUCAACAUCAUCAUCAUUAUAACUGUUGUCAUGCUUUUAAAGCCAAGUCUUGCGGUGAAAGGUAGUUCAUAUUUAACUCAUGGUUACAGGUGAUCGUCAGUAUUCAUCAGCGUUUCAGGUUCCUGUGUAGUCAAAAUAAACUUCAUGUGACUGUUUGCCGCCAACUGCCCGAGCAAUCAAAGCUCAAUACAACCACUGUACUAGUGCGCAUUAAACAGAACAUACUUGAAGUGAACGUGCUCUUCACGCUCGUGGUUAUGCUCAGUUGAGUGGACAAUAAAACAUGAUGCAGGAAAUAGUCGUAAAAUACUGUUUUUUUUGUAGUUUUCCGUCGUGUUUCAUAUCAGCUAAACCACACCUGCUGUAGCUGCCAGUAGUUCCUUUCACCGACUGGUCUGAGGCACUCUGCGUUCACGUAGCUUGAAGCCUGGAAAGAUGGACUCUCGCAUGAUUCCACGUCCAGCGUUGCGUCACAGCAAAAACUUGAGCCAACAGUGCGCAGUGCUGACAUCGGUCUGAACAAAGCCUGAGGACAUUGUAUCAUCUGUUCAUCACUAGCUCACACUGUCACUCUGUCAUCUGUGUGUGUGUGUUGUUGCCCGGCUGUACAGGAGUAAACACUUGAAACACUGAA